AUGCCUCCAGAAAUCGAUUGGACCUCUCGCAUAUUUCGCGCUUCAGGGGUACGGCUUGCUACCUCUGCGUGCAAGAAGGCUAUGCAAGAAGCUCAACUUGGACCUCGCGAUAUAACGCAUACUGUGGCAGUAACCUGCACUGAUCAGAACAAUCCAGGAUACGAUCACUUUGUAUGUCAAGAGCUUGGACUUCGGUCAAGUGUGCAAAGGUCGUUACUCCAUGGUGUUGGCUGUGCGGGUGGUUUAUCGGCGCUUCGUACAGCUGCUGACAUUGCCGCCGCGGCAUCACUUAGAGGUCGGCCUGCACGCAUUUUGGUAAUGGCAUCACUAUUCUCAGAUGGCGCUGCGGCGCUGGUGGUAUGCAACUAUCUUGCAUUAGAGGAGAAGCAAACACCGGUGUUCGAAUUGUUAGAGUGGGGUAGCAUGGUAGUGCCCGAUACUUCCGGACAUAUGUCUUACGUCAUAAAGAAGAAUGGCAUGAUAGCCACCAUCAGCAAAUUCGUUCCAGAAGCAGCCAUCAAGUCCAUCAUACCCAUGUUCAGACAUCUUCGCGCUGCCAUCGAUAUUACCCACAAGGCCGCAUCGUUGGUCCGCAGUCAGGCUUCAAGCUUCGAUUGGGCGAUACAUCCAGGCGGCGCGUCCAUUCUACAAGGGGCCAAGCAAGCCCUGUGUCUCACUGAUGACCACAUUCGAGCCUCACUCGACGUCUACCAACAUCAUGGCAACUCAUCAAGUCCAACCGUUCUUAUCGUGCUAGAUAAACUCCGUAUGAUGGGAGAAGGCAGAGAGAACGUAGUCGCCACCAGCUUCGGACCCGGGCUUAUAAUCGAGAUGUGCAUAAUGAGGCGGUGUCGUCACAUUGCUGUGCCGCGUCCAUUCAAGGUCGACAAGCAUACCUCUUGCAAGUUACAUGUUGAGCAAACUGAAGCACCACCGGCCGUCCAAGGCAACGACGACGUCACCGAAGCCGGUGAGAGGCUGGCAACGCCACCUUCUGCAUCCUUUAAGAACAAAUUAAAGAGAUACCAAUACACAGAGACACGGACAGUGCAAGACAAUCCACCGUUAUCUGCAUCGCCGACAAAAUCUAGAAAGCGUGGUAGGACGACCGCAACGGCAGCUGUCAAAAGCUCUCCCGAAUCGUCCGCAAGACCAAAAAAGAAGCGAAUGCCUAGCAGAUAUGCCGACCCAUCCAAAUACGCACAUCUAUCGCCACUGGUCGACAUACUUCAGCCCAAUCUGAUAUGUGUCUUCGUUGGCACGAAUCCAGGCGUUCAGACCGCCACCGCCGGACACGCAUAUGCGCAUCCUUCCAACCUAUUUUGGAAGCUCCUCCACUCUUCAGGGCUUACCGACCGUCGACUGAAGCCUGAAGAAGACCGGAGUCUCCCUGAUCUGUAUUGUAUGGGCAACACUAAUAUCGUCGAGAGACCAUCCAAAGACGCUGCUGAGCUUUCGAAAGAGGAAACAGCAGCAGGUACCGCGAACCUCGAUGCCAAGUUCCUAAAAUACAAACCAGAAGCUAAAGAUUUCAAGUACGGAUGGCAGGAUGAAGAACACAAUAUGGGCAAAAGCAGGGAUGACAAGGAAGAGCGAGAUAUCAACGGGAAUGUAUGGAAGGGGUCCAGGGUAUUUGUUACCACGAGUACAAGUGGACUAGCAGCGAGUCUAAAGCCGGCCGAGAAAGAAGCUAUCUGGAAGCCCUUUGGGGAAUGGGUGCAGAAGCGAAGGGCUGAACGGAACUUUGUACCUUGGCCUUUGGAGGCCCAGGAAGCUAGCGACGAGACGCUAGAAACUUGA